AUAUCAAAAAUAAAAAAAUUAACUUUCACUACACUUUUUAAAAAAUUGAUGGAAUUCAACUUUUGCUUGGAAUGGCCCUACUGUAUACUAUUAACACAAUAACAGAAAACAUCACAUGAUGCAAUGACAAUUCGAUCUGUUCUGAAUUACUUUAUUGGAAUAGAUUUUUUAUUUUUAAUCGCAUCUAAAAGCUUUUUUCGAACAUACCUUUAGAGUAUCAAAAUUAGUCAGCUUGAAUGUGGCUUUCAUCAUGUUUGUUUGAAUAUUAAUGACUUUCUAUUAAUGGGAAAAUCAUGUCUGACAAUUAUGAUGACAGUAAACUGGGUGAUCCAUUUAACUCAUCAAAACAUCUUCUUGAUAAUGUUUCCUUCAUGACAACAUUGUCACCGAUGCCAUCUCAAAACACCUCUUUGAAGCCUGAUGUCAGUACUCAAGGUUCACAAGAUGUCAAAUUUUUUGAUAGAAUCCGUAGCAACCUUCAUUCAAGGAUAACGGAGGAACAUGAAAAGAGUAAUAUUUCUACACUAACUGCUCUUGAGGACCAUUUACAUGAUUAUCUAAAAGAAACUGGAAGCACAGCAACCUCCUCCAUGCCUGCUACAACUGGGAUAGGUACUGGUGGAGUCAUGUAUGGUUUUGACCUAUCACCAGUACAUUCCCACGAAAAGAAAUUUGCUGCUAAUGUUUCGAAUACCCUGCAAGAGAACGAGACAGAUGAAAUAUCAACGCGAGAAUCAUUUAAAAAACAUUUCGAGUCAGGAGCUGCUCUGAAUUUCAUGCAGGCGAAAGUUGCAUCUCAAAAACAGCUUAGAUCAGAAAAAAGCAAAAUAAAUGAAGACACUGAAACAGUGAUGAGCCAGGUUUUUUCAUCUCAAGAUGUUACAUCUUCUGUCAAUGAAAUAGGAAACAAAACUAAUGAAACUGAACACGUUACUUCAAUGAUUGUAGAAGGUAAAUCUAAGAAACAAGUUGGUAAGAAACCAUCAGUGGCAUCAACAAAAAAGCCGAGAAGUGGCACAUCAAGAUUGCAGCAAGGAAAUGUUGCCAACUACACAGACCACAGCAGGUUCCCAAGAACAAAUCACAAGCAAACUGUAAAAUCCGCAAGCGCAACUAGUGUAAAAUUUACCCCUACAAAAUUAAGCAAAGCAUCUCCGGUUAUUAUGACUCCAAAGUCUCCCAAAACACGAAAAACAACUGUGAAGGUUUCUCCAAAAAUAAAGUCCACUUCCAAGGGUCAAAUAUCAAAAAGGCAAACCAGCACUAAGAAUAAUAUAAAAGAGACUCGGUCAGAUACAUCAGUCAGUAAAUUAAUUUGCGAUUCAACGGCACUUAGUGAUGCUAACUUGAGCUUCACUGAUAUACCUGCAACAUCAUCGGUAUCACGAUCUCCAAAUUAUAUGAAAAUACCUUUGAAAGAAUCUGCUGCAAAUACUAGCUCAUUGGAUGAGAUCGAUCAUACAAGAUUGCACAUGGAAGAAAAAUUGGAUUCGGUUACUUCUGAAAGAGACAAACAGAUAUUAAAAAAUAAAAUGCUUGUUCAAGACAUUGACAAUUUGAAGAAAGACAAUUUUGUGCUGAAAUCAAAAAUUACUCAGUUAAUGACUAACCAGCAAAGCAAAAAAAUAGAGUCAACUGAUGCUAAUAAAGAAAAUUCAUCUAAAGAUGAAAUUGUCAGAUUAAAAGAGGAAAUAUUGGAACAAGAUCAAUUAAUAACAGGUUACCAGCGUGAAAAUGAAAAGAUCUAUGCUGAGUUAAAAGAAGUUAAGCGUACUAACAAAGAUGUGGAAAAUGCUAUGUUCAACGAAAAUUCAAAACUUAAAUCAGAAAUCGAAGAUUUGAAGGAAGCUUUGGAAAGACAUGCAAGGUUGGCAGAUGAGAAGGAGAAAGUUGGUUCGUCUCCGAACUUUCCUGAUAUUAGAUCGAAUGAUGAUGACUCGACACUCAAGAAAAGAAUAUUGAGUUUGGAACAUCAAAUACGCAUGGAAGAAGGCAUGAGGUUGAAAGCGGAGUCAAUGGGAAAACGUCUCGCAAAGGAUCUGGAUGAAUUAGAGAAACAAUUACGUAUCAAUGAAUGCAAAUCUGAGGAGAUUUGCCAAAAUCUCAAAACUGAGCAUAGAAUAGAGCUUGGAAAAAUAAAAUCCGAACUUGCUGAUGCAAGGAGAUCAUUGGCCAGUAAAGCUGAAAAAAUUUCAAAUGCUAAUCACUCAAUCAUCCCUCCACCAGAGUCUGUAUUGGUUCAUUUCCAGUCUCGAGUAAAAAAGUUAGAAGCAGAUUUAGAAAAUCGUGAUGAAAUUGCAAACAAAGCAGUUCAACAGGUACGGGACGACUAUAAUAAUGUCAGAAUGAAGUAUGAAAAACACAUUGAAUCUUUGGAAAAGCAAAUUGAAAGUUUUCGAGAAAGCAGAGGAAAAGUGAACAGAGACGAGAACACAAUAAAUAUGAAAGAAUUGCAGAAACAAUUAUCGGAUUCAAUAUCAAAGCUUCGUGAAGAAAAAGAAGCCAGAGAAAUUGAGAGAAAUGUGUUGAUGGAUAACAUACAGAAAUUGAAACAGAAAACCUCUACACCUGUCAAAAACAAAGUAGUCUCAAGCAGUGAAUUUAUUGAGCUGAAGAAUGCUUGUGAAGCAAAAAAUAGAGAAAUAGAAAGGUUAACAUCUCUUCUCCAUAAAACAUUUGAUAAUGGACGACUUGGUUUUCACAAAAAUGAAAAAGAUGUAAAAUUUAAAAAAUCUUCAUACAAUCCUGAUGUAUUUGAAGCAGAUGGUUAUGCUGGAUUACUGCAACAGAACAGUGAAUUAAAAGCUGAACUCGAAAAGCAGUCAUUGGAGUUGAAACAUAGCAAAGUUAGCAAUGAAGCUUUACUUUGUCGAUUAGAACAAGUUACUAAAACCAUGCAGACUCAACAUGAGAAAGAGAUAUCUCAACGACAAAAUCCAUCUUCUUCACAGAAUGCUGAAAAAACUGUGUUGAUGGAACAAAAAAUAAAUCAGUCACAAAAUGAAUUGGACAAAUGUCACAAAAAGAUAUUGAUGCUAGAAAGUCAAGUUAAAGAAUCGUCUGUGUCAAGGGUGCGAGAGCAAGCCCUUCAGGUUCAAUUGCAACAACUACUUACCAAACUUCACGAGUCAAAUUCUCUUACUUCUUCUGCAUCGGCACGUAAAAUUAUAGCUUUAGAAAACAAAUUAAGUGUUGCCGGUGAAGACCUUAGAAUAAAAAAAGAAAUGUUGAAGGAGACCCUGAUUUCUAAUUCGUCCUCAUUUGCACAAAAUGAAAUAAGAAAACUUCAGGAACAGUUGAACACUAAGAAUAAGGAACUUACAAGGUUUCGACUUGAACUCGAUUCCAUUUUACUGGUAUUACGUGAAAUUCAAUCGCAAGGUGUCAAAAUACCACUACCUCAAUAUUUACAAUCCAUUAUCUAAAUUUACAUUGAUGUAUUCAGUAUAACACUCUGAUAACAUUUUUUUUACUCAAAAUUCUUUUUAUUUAUCAAUUUAUUGUUGCUGAUAUCGGUAUAAAUUAGAUAUAGAUAUGUAUGUUAGAAUUUUUUCUCAAUUCAGAGUCGUCUGAUAAACAGUUUUCGGAAUUGAUAUUUUUUUUAACUUAUAGUCCUGAUAUAUAUUUGUAUUUUAAUAUUUGUACGCUAACACUUUAUAUCCACUGUAUACUAGAUAAUCUAGGUACUGUUAAGUUCGUGUCUAUGGUGAUUAUUGCAACAAUUCAUGAAUGAUUUAUAUCUGAAUAACUUUGUCAGAUCUGAUCUGCUAUACCAGGAUAUAUAGUUUUCAAAAAAUUCCAGAAGAUGAACUUGUAUUCAAAACGCUGAUUGCUAACAUUUACUUAACUGUUGAAUGGCUGUCAGCCUGUCUCAUUGGUAUUGGCUAUUAAAUAAAUUUACGGUAGUUAGUUAUGACAAUUGUUACCAGUAAAGACAAAGAACGUUAUUAAACUCUUUUUUGACAAUGAAAAAGGAACAUAAAUAAAUACUGCAAUACAGUAAUAAUAUUGUACAUUGUUUAUACUUGAAUUGGUUCUGGUCGUUAUAAACAUUGAUAUGUCGAAACGGAUAUUAUAGUCCGGUGAAUAACUGG